GCCUGGAGGUGGCAGAUCUCCAUCCCCUUGGCAGCUCCGUGCUGGCCCUCGACCCGCGCCAGCUUACACCGGCGUGCGUGGCGGAGCUGCAGGAGCUGGCUGCUCGCCGCGGCUUCGUCCGCUUCAGGAGGCUGGAAAACAUCACGGUCGCGGACCUUCUGCGGAUCUCCCAAAGCUUCGGCGGCCGAGAAGUGGUGAGCCGGCACGUGGCCCAUGCCCAGAGCCCCGACGAUGGCAUCCUACGGCUCUCCAACCAGGCGGCUCGCGGUGUCGUCGGCGUCGGCCCGCAGUGGCACAGCGACGGAAGCACCGAGGCCCGCGUUUUCAGCCAUCUGCUCUUCCACGCCCAGCAAAUGCCGGCCUCGGGGGGCGAGACGGACUUUGCAGAUCUGGCUGCCGCCUACGAGGCAUUGCCUCCCGACUUGCAGGAGAGGUGGUCGCGGCUGGCCUCCGUAAACGCCUACUCUGGUGCCGUCCAUCCUCUCGUCCACCGGCACCCGAUCACCGGGCGCAAGGCGCAAGCGUGCUCUUUCUCCACCUGGGCCAGACGGGGGCGCUGGUGUCCUGGACGGGGAAUGGCACAAGCCCGCAGCGCUCGCCUGCGACCGCGGCUCUCACCUCAAUGGCCGCCGGCACCGAGAUUCCUCCGGGCAGCACAGCUCUAA